CCACAAUUUUCUAUAUUUUGUUCACUAUGUUUCGAUUACAGUCUAAUCCUUUUAAAACAAUUAUAGUUCUAUACGUACUCACAUUUAUCACAUUUACGGUUUUUCUAGAUGGUGUCGAUGGCAAAGGUAUUCUCAGGCUAAGGCCACAAGGGGUAGAUGCGUCUUUUUUGACCUCACAAAUCUUACCAAAUCGAACCUUCAUCGUUGACAUUAAUGGACCAGAAAAUUAUAGGUCGAUACAAGGUGCCAUUGAUUCUGUUCCUGAUAAUAAUCAAGAUUGGGUUGUCAUCCAUGUCAAAAAAGGAAUUUACAGGGAAAAAGUAAUAAUUCCAAGGGAAAAACCACACAUUUACUUGAGGGGAAGUGGGAGCACUAAAACAGUCAUAGUUUGGGCAGAAAGCUCUGAAAACAACUAUCAAUCUUCCACUUUCAAAGUUGAAGCUCCUAAUUUCGUUGCCUAUGGUAUUAGCUUUAAGAAUGAUGCACCUACAGGGAUCGCUAACACCUCACAUAACCAAACUGUGGCAGCAUAUGUGGGUGCGGACAAGGUUGCAUUCUAUAGUUGUGGAUUCUAUAGUUCCCAUAACACUCUUCUUGAUAACAAAGGUAGACAUUACUACGAUCAUUGCUACAUCCAGGGUGCGGUCGAUAUUAUUUUCGGUCGCGGCCGAUCCAUUUUUCAUGAAUGUGAGAUUUUUGUGAUUAAUGAUAAACGAAUGGAGAUUCAAGGGUUAGUGACGGCCCAUACGCGAUCGGGUCUAGAUGAAAAUACUGGAUUUGUUUUCGUUGGUGGGAGAGUUUUUGGCACUGGACAUGCUUUCUUAGGUAGACCUAGAGGUACCCAUUCUCGAGUAGUUUUUGCAAAAACUUACUUAUCUAAGACUGUAAGACCCGAAGGAUGGAGUGAUUGGAACCAUCACGGUAGUACUGAAAAUCUAUGCCAUUGUGAAUACAAAUGCCAUGGACCCGGAGCUGGUACGAGUGAGCGGGUUCAAUGGUUGAAGAAACUGAGUGAUGAAGAAGCUCCACCAUUCCUCUCUAUAAAAUUUAUCGAUGGAAAGAAGUGGUUGUUUGCCGGAUAUUCUGCAUAAACUUUUAAGGUUGCCGUUUCCACAUGCAUUAAAAAAAACUUGUACAAUGAAGUUUAGGUUGCUUGUACUAUAAUUAUUAGGUUAUGGGUGUUUUGAGUUUCUUCCUUCUAAACGACAUGGCAUAAAGGAAUGAAACAAUUGUAAUUAUUUUGUAAAUAAUGGC